AUGCAGCUUUCGCCGCUCGCCUUUGCGGUCGCGGCCGCUGGAUUCGUCAUCAUUCCCGAGCUUUCCGAGGCAGACGAGAACAUUUUCAGAGCGCUCCCUAUCGAUGCCGAACCCGAACCAUGGCUUAUUCCCAUUCCAGCAGAAUCUCACCAAGUUUCUGUUCCGUGCAAGCAAUGUGAAGACAAAACCAGCCAUUUGCAAUUGAACCUUGACGUUGUUGAUCAUACAAGGCUGUUACUAAAUGGAUUCGAAGUGUAUCCCAAUGCCGAUCCCUGGCAUGGUGAUUUGGUCGCUGCGGUUGAGAGCACCAAUGGUGAAUCGACGAUGCAGAGGCUGGGUUACAGCUUGGCGAUUGCCCCAGAGGUUAUGGACCUGGACACUUAUAUGCAGCUUCUCGAUGUCGAACUUCACGUUAUCGAAGUGGGAAACCAAUUCGUUGACGGCAUCCCUGUUGUUAAUGUGAAGCUUUUCAAGGCGCCAUCAGGUGAAAUAGCCAUUGCUGAAGUGGACACCACGUCGGCUGAAAUGUCUGGUUGCACUUCAAUGGCUUGUACCGCAAGGGAAGCCAUGGCCGAGAUAUUCAAGGCUCUCCAGGGCUUUAACCCAUUCAAGGAUUGCCUUGGCCGCCUUCGUAACGACACAACCGAGGCACAUCAAAAUAGCGACCCUAGUCGGCCUCAGUCUGACGACGCGGCUGAUGACCAACCUUCCGGCGGCAAACACAGACAGCAAUGGGGACGUUUCAUCACCAAUAUCGCUGCCCAUAUCUUCCUGCCUGUUCUCAUGGGCAUCACGGCUGGCGUUUGCGUAGCUUUGUUUGCCAUGGCUAUUUGCAGCUUGUUCUUCCGACUUACAUCGCUAGCCCGAAGCAAGCGAGAAGGCAAACUUGGCCUUGGCCCGUUUAGCAGAGGAAAGGCUUUGGAAAAGGAUCAUGAGGAGGCGAUUGCGUCUGAGAAAGUGAGCUUGAUGGCGGAGGAAGUUGAGGCCCCGCCGCAGUACGAAGACUCCAAGGAGUAG